UCCUGAUUCAUAGGUCGACACUCAGCCACUGAGCCACGCCAGCCGGGCUGGCCUUUAGGUUCUAACCCGGGAGGCUCCCAGGCAAGAGGGCAGUGCCAUCGAGGCCCAUGUUUUGGUAAAAGCGCCAAGAGUGACACGGCCACCGUGGAAGGUGCCGCGAGGGGACGGGGAGGGAGCGGGUCAGGCUGGGCCUUCCCGGGCGGGGGGGUCACAGACAUGGGCAGCCCCCAGCUCUGUGGGAGGUGAGCCACCCUCCCCUCCUCCAGAGUCCAGGGCGGGGUCCUGAUGCCCGGGGACCUGCCCUCCAGGCCGUCCUUGUGGUGCCCUCUGAAGGCACCUUCCAGGCCCCGCGUGGGGCUGGGUGCGAGGGCCAGGAAGGAUCUGACCCCGUUGGCCGGGCACGGCGACAGGUGGGCUGAAAGACGAGCCCGUGAACUCGAUCUGUGCGCGGGGUGGCCAGCGGCUCGGUUUCAGCUCUCACGGGGCGAGCAUGACCGCGCGGCUUUAUAUAGCUCCGCGGGCCCAUAAAAGCAGGAGGAGCCCUUGCGGAGGGAGCAUCGUCGCUGUCCGGCUGGGCGGCUCCUCCCCUGAGCAGUAGCGGCCCCGCGGGGGCGGCCACCCCGCUGCCCCCAGGAUGCCCAGCAGGACGGUCCGCUAUGAGGGCUACAGCCCUCGGCAGCGGCGCCGGCGGAUGCUGGCCCAGCGCAGCGUGCGCUUCCCCAACGACGUCCUGUUCCUGGACCACGUCCGCCAGGGCGACCUGGAGCAGGUGGGGCGCUUCAUCCGGGCCCGGAAGGUGGCCCUGGACACCCUGUACCCCUCAGGCCUGGCCGCCCUGCACGAAGCAGUCCUGUCCGGGAACCUGGAGUGUGUGAAGCUGCUGGUCAAAUACGGGGCAGACAUCCACCAGCGCGACGAGACGGGCUGGACGCCCCUGCACAUCGCCUGCAGCGAUGGGUACCCCGACAUCGCCAGGUGAGGGGGACCAGAGCUCCCCCCCUCCCCCGCCCCGCUCCCGGCCUCCAGCAGCCUCCAGGAGGCGUCCCCCAGGCUGCCCUGGCGGUGUAGCCAGGACCUCGGGCGCAGCAUCUCCUCUGCCCUGUG